AUGUCGGGUCCGUGGGAGCCGAGCGCGGCGCUGCGGCAGAACGUCGACAAGAGCCUCCUGCGCGUCCGGAGCGACCUCGAGGCGCACGCGGUGGCUAUCCGCUGGGGCCUCGCCGCCGCCAUGGCGGGCGUUGCUUGUCUUCGCGUCCGAUCGAGCCCUGCGGUACGCGCCUUACUGCUUUAG